CUGUGUUGAAAAAGAUCAAAGAGAUUAGUCAGAGACAUGAAGAGGAAAGGAACGAAGGUUUCCAAGCCUUGAGGGCCAAGUUCCAUACCCAGACAGACAUGAGCGAAGCCAAGCCUCCGCCUCCAGUCCUGGUCAGGCAAGCUAACGUCUUCAGCUCCAACUCCCAGGCUAACGGACCCUUCAAACCCAGCCCUAGAGGCUCCCCCCUGAGUUCGAAUGUGAGCACCCCUCCCGCUCCUAAAAUCCAGGGAGCCAUUCGAGCCUUCGGGGAAUCCCCGCGAUUUCCCAAACCAGAGACUGUCAAGUCAGGCAGCCCAGGGAAUGAAAGACCCUCCCCUGCUGCUUUGUUCCCACGACCCCCCGGACCAGGCCGCGUGAUUUCCAGUGAUGGUGGAGAGUUACUAGACAGUCCUGUCAAGUCCAAAGCUGAGGAAUUUCGCCAAAACUUGAUGCUGAUGCAGCAAGUAAAUCGUGGGUCACCAGAUGGGCCUAGAGAGACCCCCAGACCUGCUGCACCUUCCCCUGCUUUGGUCCCACCCCUACGCAGCCAGAAGAGCGUCACCGAGACCCCCGCCCCCUUGAGGAAGCCCCUCCCCCCUGAAACGACUCUGGGCUCCAAACCCAUCAAGCCCAAGAGACCCCCUCUCGUCAAUCUGGACAACUUCAGGAAAGGCAAGCUCCCCCAGUUGCCUGGACGACUACCUGUUGGGAAGAUGAUUGUGGCCAGCAAACCUCCACAGCCAGGAUUCAACACUCCCCCAGCCCCGCUACGUCCUGGACUGAGGCCCAGCCCCUCCAUGCCACAGCGCCCCCCACUGCCUGAGGAAGAAGAGCAGGACACAUACGACGACGUGGAUUUCGUCCCGCCAUUCCCUGCCCCCCCACCCCUGCCCGCCAAGCAAGAUUCCUGGAACAACCAAGGGUCUAAUCAAGGAGAUGAGGACAGCGAUGGCAGUGAGAUCUAUGAAGAGGUUGACAGCACAGAGACCCAGCAUCACAAAACAGGAGACAACAAGAAGAGACAGAAGGAACUGAAGCGGCAGCAGGAGCUCGACAAGAAAGAAAUGAAAGAGAGGCAGAAACGAGAAAGCGAGUUCAGGAAGAAAUUCAAGCUGACAGGUUCAGUGGAGGUCAUUCACUCAGCGAAGGUUAGGGUGGACUGUCGUGGAGGAAAGAACGAUCUGUACGUCAAGCAGGGAGAGAUCGUGGAGAUCGUGAGGGUGAAGAACAAUCCUGAAGGAAAGUGGCUUGCCCGAACAUUCGACGGAACCUACGGCUACAUUAACAACACCAGCGUGGACGUGGAUUAUGAGGAAGUGAAGCGGAAGAUUCAGAGCCAGGGCCGAAGCCGGGUGCUCGAGUCCUCCUCGGGGCCCGUGCAGGAUGAGGAUUUCUACGAUGAUGUGGGCUCCUCGGAGCAAAUGAGCAGCAACCGAAAAGCAGAUAAUGAGGACGUUUACGACGAUGUCGAAGCAAUCCCAGAGGAAUUCCCUCCCCCCACCUCCUGA